AUGGGACUCAUGGACAAGUUGAUGCGCAACUAUGAAAUCUGGAAGAUUGGAAAAUACACCAAGCGCCGCGCAGCCCUGACACCCGAGUUUGAGCAGCGGGACAAGGAAUAUUACGACUCGAACUACAAGGAUGGCAUCUAUACCCACAACCAGGUCGGUAGCGAGAGCGGCAGCAUCAGCCGGGCGAAAUCGUUUAAGCGGGCCCUCUCCCGCAAGGACACCAAGACCGUCCGGAGCAGCGAAGUCUACAACGAUAACCCCAACGGUCAUUACAGGGAUUAA